AUGAUUCUCCAGAGCUCCUCGACGCCGGCCCUCAAGAACCUUGUGGGGCAUUGCUGCGUGGUACCUGAAAUCGAUGCUAGUCUGACAUCCCAUGUCAGCCCUAAAUACUCCCCUUUCCGCCAUGCGCCGACCUCGCCGUCUCUGAAGUGGACAUCAUCAGAGGGAGAUCUGAAAUUGUUUUCCUCCAACAAGGGGAAAUCCAAGAAGCAGCCCAAAGAGGGAACGAACCAUCACCACUACUCAAAGCGCCGGCCUCCCUCGCCGUCGACGGCGAUCGUGGCUGUGCCGGCUUUGUCGAGGACGGCGCCGCCGCUGCAGAGGACCUCCUUGGAAGGGGAUCCGAAAUUGGGGGGGGGGGAAUUUCAUCGAUCGCGGCGAUGGAGUCGGCGGGAGGAUCCGGCGGCGGAGGCAAGGGAGGGUUUUCGGACAGCGGCGAGGAAGGGGCUUGGAGUGAGAUGCCGCGGCCAGGGAUGGAAUCCAUGGACAGAUAUUACAGGGAUAUGA